AGGAACUAGCCGCUACAGUAAGCGUAACUCCCAGUCUAAUCAUGUCAGCAGAAAACGAAUCGCCCGGGCUACCGAACGGUGGAGCGUGCUGUGCUAGUGCCACUGGACACUUCCUGCUCGUCGGGAAUAAAGUGACAGUUGUACUAGGGGCUCAGUGGGGCGACGAAGGAAAGGGUAAAGUUGUGGAUCUUCUGGCUCAGGAUGCGGAUAUCGUGUGCCGCUGUCAGGGAGGAAACAAUGCAGGCCACACAGUUGUUGUGGAUUCUGUCGAGUAUGACUUUCACCUUUUGCCAAGUGGAAUUAUAAAUCAAAAUGCUAUUGCUUUCAUAGGAAAUGGUGUGGUAAUUCACCUACCUGGUUUAUUUGAAGAAGCGGAGAAAAAUUUAAAGAAAGGACAAGGUUUGGCUGGCUGGGAGAAGAGAUUGUGUAUCUCUGAUAGAGCUCACAUUGUGUUUGACUUCCACCAGGCUGCAGAUGGCAUCCAGGAACAACAAAGACAAGAACAAGCUGGGAAAAAUUUGGGCACAACAAAGAAGGGUAUUGGUCCAGUGUACUCUUCAAAAGCUGCUAGGAGUGGACUCAGAAUGUGUGAUCUUGUUUCUGACUUUAAUGAAUUCUCUCAGAGGUUUAAAUUGUUAGCUAAGCAGUACAAGUCCAUGUACCCAUCCUUAGAAAUAGACAUUGAUGGGGAAUUGAAGAAACUUCAGGAUUAUGCUGACAGGGUAAAACCGAUGGUUAAAGAUGGUGUUUAUUAUAUAUAUGAAGCACUUCAUGGUCCACCUAAGAAAAUUCUAGUAGAAGGUGCUAACGCUGCUCUUUUGGAUAUUGAUUUUGGAACAUAUCCUUUUGUGACUUCUUCAAACUGUACUGUUGGGGGAGUAUGUACAGGCUUGGGCAUUCCACCGCAAAGCAUUGGUGAUGUAUAUGGUGUUGUGAAGGCAUACACUACGAGGGUGGGAAUCGGUGCCUUUCCAACAGAACAAAACAAUGACAUUGGAGAAAUGCUGCAAACACGAGGCCAUGAAUAUGGAGUUACCACUGGCAGAAAGAGGAGAUGCGGAUGGUUGGAUUUAGUUUUGCUCCGAUAUGCUCACAUGAUAAAUGGAUUCACUGCGCUUGCUCUUACCAAACUUGAUAUCUUGGACGUCUUUUCUGAAAUCAAAGUUGGUGUAUCAUACAAAAUAGAUGGCAAGAAUAUACCUCAUUUUCCAGCAAAUCAAGAAGUACUUAAUAAAGUAGAAGUUGAAUAUGAGACACUCCCUGGUUGGAAUAAGGACACAUCUAAUGUCCGAACAUUUGAGGAGCUGCCUGAAAAUGCCAAGAAAUAUGUUCAAUUCAUAAAAGAAGAACUCGGCAUUCCUAUUAAGUGGAUUGGUGUUGGAAAAUCCAGAGAGUCGAUGAUUCAGCUGUUCUAAGAAGAUGCACACUGACUGCACAGGCUGCCUCCUCAAAAUGACAUCAUUCUACAGAUGAAGCUUCCAAUUUGUGCAUAUAGAGAACAUAUGCAUGGGCAACAAAACAUCACUUCCAAAUUCAUCUUUUGUAAUGCCCUAAUUUAUUUAGCAGCCAUAAUUGCCCUGCUGUUUAUAUUCUAUUGCAUUGGGGCAUUUGUGAUCUGGUUAUUAAACUGACAAUAGAUUAAAGACUGAGUGACUUCUUACUUAUAUUUUGGGAGGGACCAUCAACUGGCUAUUUUGUCUGUAUGAAAUUUAAAUUCUAGCACCUACAUAUUUGCAUCUCAUACUAACUUGUUUAAAUUGUGAGACUUAAUCAGAGCUGUUUCAUACAUUUUUACAUCUUUCUAUUGAUUUCUUUAUUUGUUUUAUGUAUGGGGAGGAAACCAUAUUUUAAAGCAAUCCUAAUUAGUGUGAAUGAUUUUGUUUCAAAUGUAUUGCACUGCUAUACUUUCACUGUGCAGAACAAAUGAGUAUACAGUGUAUGUUUGUAAUUUAUUCAAUAGGAGUUUAAGGUUCCAACCCAAGAAAAGCAUGACUCCAUAACAUUGUUUAAAUUUAAAAUAAAUAAUUAAAGAAC